GAGACCAUGAAGUUAUAGUGCCGCCGAGCUCCCCAAAUUCCCAACCAUGAUCAACGCAUUCCUGGUCUUCAACGGCCAAGGCCAACCGCGGCUCACCAAAUUCUACACCCAACUGGACACCUCCAUCCAACAACGCCUCAUCUCCGAGAUCUUCACGCUCGUCUCCAACCGCCCGGCCGGGUCCUGCAACUUCCUGCCGCUGCCCCCGCUCCUGGCGGCGUCGUCAACGAGCAGCACGUCCUCGUCGGCGCAGGAGCAGAACGACGUGCCGUCGCUCGUGACGUACCGCAGCUACGCGACGCUGUACUUCAUCAUCAUCUCGACGGCGACCGAGUCGCCGCUGGCGCUGAUUGACCUGAUUCAGGUGUACGUGGAGGCGCUGGACCGGCUGUUCGAGAACGUGUGCGAGCUGGACCUCAUCUUCAACUUCGAGACCCUGCACGCCACGCUCGGCGAGAUGAUCGUCGGCGGCGUCGUCGUCGAGACCAACAUGGACCGCAUCGUCGCCGGCGUGCGGGCGCAGGGCACCGUCGCGAAGCGGCCGGUGAACGAGGGCCGCUCGGGAGGCGGGUUGGGCGCGGGGCUCGGCGCGGGGCUGGGCAUGGGGGGCAUGGUCUGGCCAUCAGGGAGGUGAUAUUGACGGGUAAAAGGUGGGUUAGAACACUGGGUGGAAUUACAGACGGCCGUGGGUUGGGCAGACAAACGCCAACGCGUGAGAAGCAGCAAGCCGGCCGAGGUCGCAAAAAGCGGAGAGCCACUGGCAUUCUACAUUCAUGUCCAUGGGCUAAGCAACCAUGCGCUCGUGGCCGGGUAUCCAACGCCAAACUCCAGGUGGUGGUGGGACAGGUAUGAUACAUGGAAGGGUGAGAGUGGACAGGCACACUCCAGGCAGCGCAAUGCCCCGGUCACUGCCUGCCGGACUGGGGCUUAUCCUUCAGCUUCCUCGACUCCUCGGUGAAGACACCGAAGAAGCCCCAAAAUCUCUCGCGCACCUGAAUCGAGAAUCAGCCGCGAGCUCGCAAAGGAAGACGGGAAAUAGGGCGGCCCUACCGAGUCAAAUGGCGUCGGCACGUCCUUCCAAUCCAUGAAGAGCACCAUGUAUGAUACCGCAACUGAGAGCAAGGGUCAGUAAGGACCCGGAGUAUAUUGGGGACGAAGAAA